AUGGUUGAGGAUAGACGAGUGAAUGAUAGAUUGAUGAUUAUUAAGUUGGUGGUUGGAGAGUGCACCCUAAAUGUCGUUAGCGCCUAUGCAACGCAUGCAUGCCUAGAUGAUGAGGUUAAACAGCGCUUCUGGGAGGGGUUAGAUGAGAUAUUGCAUCAGGUUCCGCCGACUAAGAAGCUAUUCAUAAGAGGGGAUUCCAAUAGUCAUAUUGGGUCGACCGCAGGUAGUUAUGGCGAGGUGCAUGGAGGCUUCGGUUUUGGGGAGAGGAACAUAGGAGGUACCUCGUUGUUGGACUUUGCUAAAUUUUUGGGUUGGUGA